AUGGGUGUAUUUCCUAGAUUUGGUGGCUGGAUCAAUCUGAACACUCAACAGCCUCUUAAGGCAGAGUCCGGGAAAUCAGAAAAUGUUGAAUCUACUAAAGUGCCACCAAUAGAUCCUAGAUAUUAUGACCAAAAUGAGGUGAACAGGCAAAUAAAACUUUGGAGAGAUGCAGAGAAGAAGCAUCCAUGGACUGAUGCCCCUCCUAAGGUGACAAAACAAAAGGGUCUUUGUCAUAUGAACAUAGAAAUGUCAGUGGGAUAUCCUCCUGAAGCAUUAUACGAGAUGUUCGCUAAUCCAAACAACGAAGAAUAUUCCAGAACACUCAAGGAUGAUCGACCACUUCUGGUUUCUAUUUUCCCUUUAUAA